AUGACAUCUUCCAUCAACACCAGUCACCAAUAUAUUACCAACAAGUCGAAUGCCAAACAGAGCAUCCAUGUGAUGACAUAUCACGACGAGAACGAAGAUGAUGAUGAUGAUGAUGAUUCAUCCAUCAUGAGCCUGGAUAUUGGAUCCGGAGACAUUGGGGUACUUCAAGAUAUGACAGGAGCAACAUCAGCACUCAAUGGAAAGAUUGUCAAGGUGAAACAUGAAUCAUCGAACCGCAAAGGACAAUGGCUUGUCCAACUAUACAAAACCAGGGAGACUUUGGUAGUGGAUUCGGAAAAUCUGCUCAUGGCACUUCUCCAUGAGUGA